AUGUCCACUCCAUCUGUUUGGGUUCAGCUCUACUACGAUGGAAAAGGUGAAGAGGGCUAUCCUAUUAAAAUUAGACCAAUUCCGGAAGAUGUUGCCGACUUGGCCAAGGAAGUAAAGGUAGAGAGACCAAAUGCCCUCAGCCAUUGUGAUGCCGCAGAUCUUUCCGUGUACUCCCCUGGCACUAAACCACCUUUCUCUCAAGACAACGCUGUGGAUCCUGGUGACGAUGUACCACCCAGUACUACCUCCAAGAAUCCCUUGAUUGUGGUGGCGCCACAGCCGCAACGAGAUGACCACACUGAUGCUUUUGCCCGAAUCGAGAAAAAAUUGGAUGACUUGGCAAGUGUUGAUGUUCCCAUGUCAGAAGCAACAUCACAUUUUGCAUCAUCAUUGCUUGAGGAUCUGAAGGUGAAAAUUACAGUCCUCCCUCCAAACACAGAUCCUGGAGAAGGGCAGGUGCAAACAUAUUCUUGGGGGGACAAUGAACAUGAGAUAGACGGACAACCAGGCUGCAAGCAAAUCCUAGAGAAAGAGAUUUUGCCCUUGUCUGUGAAUGACCAGGAGUACGCCUUGUAUGAUGCACGCAGUCAGUCGCUUCGGCUGCAGGCUGGGAAGCGCAAAUCGAAUGGAUUUUCUGAUCUUGCUGUUGGUCCUCGUAUAUCGAUGGACUUUGCAGAGACUACAGCCAAGGAUAUAAUGCUUUCCUACACGGAUGCACUCGUGGAGCUCAAACGGGCAAAAUCAAACCUAAAGCUGGGGCAGCUGCUCCUGCAAUUGGUCUCUCUGUCUGAGGUCUCUGAGAACCGUCAAGGUGUUCUGGUGUUGGGCACCGACUGUGCAACGAAGUGGCGAUUGCUGCAUUUUUCAGACUACAACAGGAUCAUGGUGCAGCCCUACAAACACGGAAAAAAGUGCAUUGCCGAUUUCAAGACCCUAAUGGAAAAUUGUACAAUGAGAAAGGAAGCUAAUGUGCCCCCUGAAAAAUUGGCUAUCAUCCAUGAAGACACUGGUGUGGAAAAUGAUAUUAAAAUGGGAGAGUUUGGGAUGGAAGAAACUAGCAAAGACAAGGCAAUUGCUCGGGAAACAAAGCUUAGAAAGCUUGCCAGUGCAUUGGAAUAUUGUUAUGGUGAAACCUUAGAAGUUCCUGCUUGGGCGAAAGCAUCAGAAAGCUGCCGCUCAUACUUUGUGUGA